AUGGAGGAUAGAGAAAUCAUGGCUCUCGCAUUUCGUGGUGUUUUGAGGAGUGCGGCAAGAAGGCUGCAAGUACGUAGCUAUGCUGAUGCUCCUAGGGGCGAUGAAAUGGCCCUUACAUUUGCUGCUGGAAAUAAGGUUUACUAUGACAAACAAGCAGUAAAGCAGGUUGAUGUGCCAUCCUUCAGUGGCUCUUUUGGUAUUCUGCCAAAACAUGUGCCUACACUUGCGGUUCUGCGUCCCGGCGUAGUUACUGUAACAGAAAAUGACGGUGCGCAGAAAAAAAUCUUUGUUUCUUCUGGCACUGUAACCGUCAACGAUGAUUCCUCAGUUCAGGUCUUGGCAGAAGAAGCCCACCCCUUGGAGAACUUAGACCGUGGUGCUGCACAAGAAGCUCUUAGCAGAGCCCAGAGUGAACUAAACUCUGCUGGUAACGAAAAGGCCAAAGCCGAAGCCGCUAUCGCUGUGGAGGUCGCCGAAGAGAUCGUAAAGGCGGCGACUGCGUAA